GAAUCAAAGUCUUAAGCGUCAAAGUGACUGCGCCAACAAAGGUCGCAAGCCUAAUUUAUGAAUUAUUGAAAAAUGAAGUCCAGAUUUUCUAGAUAAUAGGUUUAUAUUUCACCAUAAUCAACAGUAUUCAUUACACUUUAUACCAUGUUCUGGCAACAUUUCUCGUAGGAACUAGAACGUCAUCAGCAACCAUCCUGAUAUACCUUAUACUUCCCUUGGUCCAUACUCUAGUGUGGAGUCAACUAGGGCCAGAAGAAUGAGGAACAAUGCAAAUAUUAAAAAGCGCUUAAACCGAUUAGAGAGUUUCGAAGAUUGUCGUUUUGUGAAGCCAAAAUUAUCGACAAGUUUUUGGAGCGACGCUAGAAAUGGUUUUAGAAGGCAUCGACAAACGAGUUGGUGUUUUCGACCCAACUGCUGUAUCGGGACGCCGUGUAAGCGACAAUGGUCUAUAGGCGACCCAAGCGGUCGACGAUCGCGUCUAUGUCUCUCAUCUCGUCGCGAUUUAGUUCCAGAUGUAUUUAUUCGAAGACCAAGACCGGAGUUAUCGAAAAUGCGUCGGAGCAAACUCCAAAAUAGUCGUAAACGACAUCAGAAAACGAAUGACUGUCUUCGACGUAGCGGUUGUUUAGGGAAACCAGAUCAGCGACAAUGUUGUGCUGGUCACUGGCGGAGCGGCAUUCAACUUCGACGGCCUCAUUGUCGAAUUCACGGGCGCUUUAUGCGGGAUGUAUUGGAUGCAGCGAAUAGUACGUUGCAGUUAGGAAAACGGACCUGGAAAGAUACGGCUGAAUACAUGCAAGAGAUAGGCGAGGUUUUAAGCGAGAAGUAUAGACAAGUGAAAGGGACCUUCAGACGCCAUUUAGCGGAAAUCUUUCGAGAUGAAUAUGCCGAAGAGGACAUUGCGCAGGCAAGGGACUUUUUAAGCCAAUACGGAUUUCACCUCUCCUCCAUUCUCCUGUCGGAGCUUAACACUACUAUAUGGUUUGAGCACAUCUCCAAAUACGUGUCGGUGCUGCUAAAUCCGAAGUUUUUAAAAAGUCCAGCAGAAGGAGAAGAGCAACUUGUAUCUGGUGAAGUUCGCGAGCUCUUUGAGUUCCUCAAUGAAGCAUCAGUAAUCUUUACUCAAAUUGACUGGGUGCAAAAAUAUGCUCCGGGUUUGCUUGUGAACGCGUAUCUAGACGUCAUCUUCAGGAAUAAGCAUCGUAUUAUACUACGGUUUUUAGAAGAGCAAAUAAUUCCAAUAAGUUCGAAAUGUGGCCUAAUUGCACGCUACAGUCUGGAAAUGACCUUCAACGAAGGGACUGUGUACGCAACUGAAUUAAAACUACUAGAACACUCAGCUCGUACAAAGUCUCAAUGUACCUCUGCCCACCAGGGAACUUCUCACACUCAAAUAUGUCUCGAUGGAGAGGAUUUACGCAGAGUGCGCGGCAGCGGGCCCACCACGCUCUACGGGAAAGUCAAAGUAUAUCUCUGUGUCAAAUGGCAGGGACCGUCCGCCAAAUACAUUGCGAAGAAUGGAGUAGGACGACCAAUUUUCGUGUGACACUUCGAUAUAUAUAUAUAUAUAAUACACGAUGAUGCACUAUUUUGCACUGCAGAAACCAGAAUGACCGAGGCAAAAUGAAAACGCGUAAAGCAUUAUAGAAAUUCACAAUGUAUUGUCUGGGUUUGAUGUGAACGUGCCAGUGGGCAUUGGUCUCAAUAUUGUAUCUGCCGUUUCUGAAAGUCGCGGAGCGCUAAAGAUGGCAAUAAGCGCCUGUGAUAUCAUUAUGCUGGCUCCUAUUCAGUUUUGCGUCCGAGAUGUUUAGGGGCUCAAGCAUGUUAGUUAGCCAUCGAAAAGGGUCAAGCCAAUCUUUGAUUCGAGCAGUGGGAAACGAAUCCGUGGGCUACAUUGAAGUUGCUCCAGUGUGUAUUAGUAUCGCCCACCAAGAUCAACGUCAGUGAAUGGACGACUAUAUCUUACGCCCACCAACCAUCAGCACCGAACAGAAACGACUAUCCUAUAGGAAACAUCAAUAUUGCAUUUAUUAUUCAAUAUCGCGUUUAUUUAACAUUUAGCUUACGUGCAGAGAUUACUAUCAAUGAGAGAUUACUACUACAAUUACUAUUCGUGUAGUACGUUAUACUGCAAAAUGUUACUAAAGCAAUAGCAGAAAAUGUUGCAAAUUUGACUAUAAAUAGAUAUUUUAGGAUCUAUCCAGGUCAGUAAUUUAGUGCAAUUCGCAUUCUCGAUGGAAGACUGAGCUAUAUGGUUUUGGUAAAUAUAUCUUUUCGUUACUGAACGGGGGAAACCAAAAUCUGUUUCAGAAGCAAACAAAGCAAGGUACGAUAUGAAUUGGUAGACGACCAUCCUGAGAGCUAUAUAGGCUAGAGUGAGAUUGGACUAUAGGGGCCAUUGCAUUUGAGCAUACUGGAUGUCGUUGAUGCUAAAAUAGCAAAGAAGCUGAAUUAACUCAGUACAUAUAUACAUAUAGUAUAAUUCAGCUUAUUGA